ACCUCUCUCUUCUUUCUACAUGACUGCGCACCACUUUCAUUCCAGAACUCCCUAACACCAGCACACUUCCAUGGCCUGCGCCUGACCCAGACUCUGUAACGGCACACGGCGUUUGCCAUUUUGACCCAGACCAACACGGCCAUCUUGCUGCUCUGCAACACCCAGGACAGCAGGUCCACCAGACAAACAAGCCAUGGAAAACCAUACCACAGACUUAGCCGACUGGUCACUGACAACAGAAUUUGACUACGGUGAUUCAGCACCAUGCAUGGGAACUGAGGAAAAGCACUUUGCAGCAAACCUUUUGCCACCGCUUUAUUCUUUAGUGGUGAUAUUUGGCCUCAUAGGCAACAUGCUUGUUGUCCUUAUCCUGGUAAAAUACAAGAGACUGAAGAGCAUGACUGACAUCUACCUGCUUAAUUUGGCAAUAUCUGAUUUGCUGUUUAUAUUUUCUCUCCCUUUUUGGGCUUAUUACGCUGUUCAUGACUGGAUUUUUGGGGAGGCGCUGUGCAGAAUUCUCUCAGGCGUCUACCUCCUUGGCUUCUACAGCGGCAUCUUUUUCAUAAUCCUGUUGACCCUAGACAGGUACCUGGCCAUAGUGCAUGCAGUGUUUGCCUUAAAAGCUAGGACAGUUACCUAUGGCAUCCUCACUAGUGUUGUCACUUGGGCUGUUGCUAUUUUUGCUUCUGUUCCUGGGAUAGUAUUUCACAAAACUCAAAAGGAAAAUUCACGUUAUACCUGCAGUGCUCAUUAUCCGUCAGAGCAGAGAAAUGUAUGGAAGCAAUUCUUGACCUUAAAAAUGAACAUCCUGGGACUUGUUAUUCCUAUGUUAAUUAUGAUCUGCAGCUACACACAAAUUAUAAAAACAUUACUGCAAUGUAGGAAUGAGAAGAAACAUAAAGCAGUCAGGCUUAUUUUUAUCAUAAUGAUUGCCUACUUUUUUUUCUGGGCACCAUAUAACAUUUGCAUUCUCUUGCGUGAUUUUCAAGGUGCAUUUUCCAUCACUACUUGUGAAGGCAGUGGUCAGCUGCACAAAGCAACCCAAGUGACAGAAACAAUAUCAAUGAUCCACUGUUGUAUCAACCCUGUCAUUUAUGCCUUUGCCGGAGAAAAAUUUAGGAAGUAUCUUCAUAGCUUUUUCAGAAAGCAGAUUGCAUUCCACUUCUCUAAAUACUGUCCUGUUUUCUAUGUUGACACAGCUGAACGAGCUAGCUCCACCUACACACAAUCUACUGGAGAGCAGGAAGUUUCUGCUGCAUUGUAAGUUGUGUCUAGCGAAAAAGUGGAAUUGACUUUUGUUAAAUCAAAUCUUUGAUGAAAGCCUGCAGAAUUUGUCCUGGAUACUGGCUCUAAGGCAGCUGCAAAAAUCACAGAGUACAUAUGUACCAAAGCUUGUAUUUGCUCAUACAUUUGGGUAUUUGUAGGUAAAUUAAAAGGAUGUAUGAAACUAGAUACCUAGAUAUGCUAAUGUGGGAUUCGGUGGGAAAAGCGUUCUCUUAUUUUCUGAAUGUAAAAGCAUAGUUUUGUACUAUAGGGCCCAAAGCCACACAAAAGCUGAGGGACUAAGCUAGCAGGCUCAUAAACUAAUUUUUUGAAGUGAACUAGAGGUUAGAAAUUGGCACUGGUUCUUUGGAAAUAUUUCUUGACUGUACUUUACACAAGGUAUCUCAGUCAUUUAAACCCAGUCUUGGUCACAUCUUUCACUAGCCUAGUUGUGUAUCUCUAUAAAUAACACAAAAUCACUGAGGUCUGUGAUACAGAAUAUUUACAAGUAGCAUGUGAAUUUUUAUUACAUUUAGAAUAAACUCUGAUAUUUCAAGGUAUAUUUUUCUUUGCUUAUGGUUGAAUAUCAACCUCUUGGAUCUUUCUCUUAAGAGUUUUAACUGUUAGGUGUUGCUAUGUCAGUGACUUGAGAGUUUGGUAUUUCAGAAGGCUCUGUUUUCAUCAACUGCUUUUUUAUAUGCUAUUCAUACUAAAAAGCUAAUAUAAUGAUCUAUCAUUGAUCAGAAAAUCAAUGUGUUUACAAUAUUUUAAAAAUAAAGUAUUGCACAUGGAGCUUUAACCAGGUUACAUCAAAUGUGGACAAUGAGUCAAUCACACUUUAGCUUCUUAGUACAGUGAUUUUGCUUGUCAUUUUUCUAGCCUACAUAAGAGAAAAACUUCAAAAUAUAACACAAAUGAAGUUGUAAUGGCUGCAAAACCACAACAGCAUUAGAGGUGUGAAAAUGAUUUCUGAACAGGGUUCAGCCAGAUGUUUUUAGAGAUAAGCAUAUGCUACAGACAUUUAAGUUAUCAAAACAUAUGAGUAAGUGAAAAUAAUUUCUGUUCUAGAGAGUCAAGGGCACAGUGCAUCCCUUUUUAUGUUUUAGAAGCAGCUAUCAUAUGGGGGCUAUGACAAGGAUUUUUUCUGCCAUUUAGGAGUUUUACAGAGAGUCGAAUCUUCUAUAAUUAGUAAGACUGAUGAUCAAAUAUGACUGGGCUUCCCCUUAAAGCUCAGAUCCUACAAAGCACUUGAACACAUAGAAAAGAUGAAAUAAAUAUGGGGAUACUCACACACUUAAGAUCAUACCAUAAUCGCACUAUUAAUCAAUUUAGGUUGAGUUGUCCUUUCUAGCAUUUAUUUCCCCUAAAACAGAUGAGUUUGAAUAACUCUGGAGACAGGAAAUGAAAAGUGAAUAUUUUGAUUGCUGUUCUUCUCCAGCAGGGCAAUUUCUGUUUCCCAAUUCCCGUAGAUAGCCUUUUAAAUAAUAUUUUCAAAGAAGCAAAUGUUUCAAGCAGCCUCAAAGAUAUUUUACAUUGCCAAGUGCAUAUGAAAUCAGUAAGUGAAAUAGGGAAAUCUUGCUUAUCAAACCACUUGUUUUAAGUUACUCAGUUUUGUCAUAUUAAGCACCACUUUUGGACUACAUCCACAUGGGAAGUGUAACAAAAGUAUACUACACCUUCUAAUUUACAAGAUUUUCAGCUGCAGUGCUUUUUAAGACCCUGUGCAUCAGUUACUUUCUGGACUUUGUUCUUUUAAAACAGGUAACUAUAACAGUAUAAGCAGAAAAUGGGUAAUUUCAGCAUAAAAUUAUAAAUACAUGCAUUUAUUUUUUAAACUGAUAGAAAGCUACUUGCAGUAACUUCUAGAUAGGCUGGCCUUUUCCCCUCCUUCUAGAAUACCUUCAUGAAAACAUUUUUAUAUUUUAUUCUGCUCUGGACAAGAACUUCCAUUUGACCCUUAAGACACCUUGUCUUUAAGAAGUUACUUUGUAGGGCUUUGAUGCCAGGCAGUGUAUGUAUCUUGACCAGCCCUGCAGGAACGAAGUACAACAAUCAAACAUGCAGGAGCACACUGACAAGCUUUCCAAGAGGCAUGCCAAAAAGCAGCAUGGAUCCUUCACAGUGUUCUCUUUUACAGCAUGGACCUUUCCAAGCAACAAGCAGCUUCUAAAACAGAUGGAACUUAAGAGAUUGGUGGCCCAGUGGAUCAGCAGCUUAUCAAGAGCUGCUAUCACCUCACCAAGAAGGGACCAUGCUUCAGUGAAUGAGAACAAGCCAGAACUCAGCUACUGUAGUGAACUGUGAUCCACAUUCAAGAAGGUAAUACAACAUAAGGCAUUUGGUAGCAUUGCUGGUGCAUUCCAUUAAGGACUCUGCUAAUAGAUUGUAAUAUUUUGUAUUAUUAUACAAUCCAUUAAAGUUGGUUGACUUUUGUGUGUUAGA